GGUGACAGACACGUGACCAGUAAAGACGACUCAUAGCAGCGCGAGUAACUUUGCGUUCCUCAGAAGUUAAUUUAAUAAAGUUUAAUAAGUUUGAUGAUUGGACGAUGCGCGGGCUGAUCUGUGGACCCAAACUCGCCGCCUGUGGGCUUGUGCUGAGUCUGUGGGGAGUCAUCAUGCUGUCCAUGUUGGGGAUUUUCUUCAUCACUCACUCAGCCGUGCUGAUCGAAGACGUGCCGUUUGAAGAGGCAGACAUUCACCAGGAUAAUCCUCAGAAGAUCUACGAGCUCUACGAUAAAGUCGGGUAUAACUGCAUCAUCGCCGCCGCCAUCUACGUCUUCUUUGGAUCGUUUUCGUUUUGCCAGAUGAAACUCAACAAGCGGAAGGAUUACCUGGUGCAUUAGCGCCCCUGCUGGCCUGGAGGCUGACUGCUGGUUAAAGGCGCUGAUCGCUGA